CGGUACGGCAGGAUCCGGACUCCGGCCCGGACUACGAGGCGCUGCCGGCUGGAGCCACUGUCACCACGCACAUGGUGGCGGGCGCCGUGGCAGGGAUCCUGGAGCACUGCGUGAUGUAUCCCAUCGACUGCGUCAAGUUCUUUGUUGGUAGCAGACAAGAGAAAAUAACUAGAGGAAUGUGGAUUGCUUACAGCUAACUAGGACCUGUUGAUCUGGUUAGUUUUUUUUUUCCCUCAUGCUUUUGACAAGAGACAAUACUCUUGGAUUGCAGUUGGCCAAAAGGAAGGUUCAAGCUUUUAAAUCCAGAUUGAACCAGUAAUUGGAAUGAAGUAGGAAUUUAAACUAUACUUGGGCGUAAAUUGCCCUUCUGGCUCACUAAUAGUCUGCUUCUUACUUUGUGAAUUGGUGCAGACACAGCUAAGAUUCAUUCGUUCGUUCAUUCAUUCAUUCAACAAACAAAUCUUGAGUGCUUACUUUGUUCCAGGCACUGGACAUUGAUUUUAUAUUGUUAGUCUCCAUGCCAUCUUAAUCUUGAAAUGCAUCAAUAGACAAGAGUUUUUCAUUGGGAGACAAACCUCCCUCUGAGGGUCUGUGAUUUGGUGAAUGUUUCGAAAAGAUUCAUUUCCCAAAUCCCAACCAGACUUUGUCCAGGAACAUUAUACAAAGUGUCUGCCAUGUACUUUGUCCCAAUCAUUGAAUCCUCUGGAAAUUCCAUGGAUUCUGUUUCACAGAGACUGAUUUAAUUUGAUGCCAGUUUGGGGAUUCAUUCAGUUUUGAUUAGAAAUCUGGGAGCCCCUUCAGUUUUAGAGACAAAGUUAGUUUCCACCUUUCAUAGUCUCAAGGCAAAUGCUCUUUCCCAGAAAUAGAGCAGCAUUGAUUACAAAUGUUACUUCUGCCAAGAGUUUAACCUACGGGCUCAGCUGCCAAUGCCAAAUAAUCCAUGAAAGUCAGAUAAUCAUCAAAGAUGUAAUAAAGGAUGAGCCAUCGUCUCAUUAGUCAGUAUAGUGUGUGGUUAGGAAGCAGGCCCAGGAUCAACCUUCAGAAAUAAGGCAUAAUGUUGUAGACAGUAAAUAGUUGACUUUAGAAUCCAUUUGUAACGAACUCUUGGCCUGGGUUUAUUAAGGCACAAAAGCAACAUCUCCUGAAACAGGCUUGAUAUUUGUUGCUGGGGCUAUGAAUCAUUUCAGAGUUCAAGCAUACUUCCUAAGCAGUUAUAUUCUUGAGAAAAGAAUGGUGUUCCCUUCAUAGAUGACUAGCAAAAGGUCCAAGCCUUGGAAAGGUCAGACAUAGAUUUGGGAGUAGAACUGGGUGCCAGGUAGCACUCCCGCACAUUGGCAUGAUUCCACAGAGGAGUGUCCCAAGCCUGAGUGCUGAAGUUACAACGUUGAAUGAGAAGUUGGCAUCACUGACAUUGCACUUCUUUCUGUAAUUUCAGACCCGGAUGCAGAGCCUACAGCCUGACCCAGCCGCCCGCUAUCGAAAUGUGUUGGAGGCACUCUGGAGGAUUAUAAGAACAGAGGGGCUGUGGAGACCCAUGCGGGGGCUAAACGUCACAGCAACAGGCGCAGGGCCUGCCCAUGCCCUCUAUUUUGCCUGCUACGAAAAGUUAAAAAAGACAUUGAGUGAUGUAAUCCACCCUGGGGGCAAUAGCCAUAUUGCCAAUGGUGCGGCCGGUUGUGUAGCAACAUUACUGCAUGAUGCAGCCAUGAAUCCAGCAGAAGUGGUCAAGCAGAGGAUGCAGAUGUACAACUCCCCAUACCACCGGGUGACAGACUGUGUACGGGCAGUGUGGCAAAAUGAAGGGGCCGGCGCCUUUUAUCGUAGCUACACCACCCAGCUAACCAUGAAUGUUCCCUUCCAAGCCAUUCACUUCAUGACCUAUGAAUUCCUGCAGGAGCACUUUAACCCCCAGAGACGGUACAACCCCAGCUCCCACGUUCUCUCUGGAGCCUGUGCAGGAGCCGUAGCUGCCGCUGCCACAACCCCACUGGACGUUUGCAAAACACUGCUCAACACCCAGGAAUCCUUGGCUUUGAACUCAAACAUCACAGGACAUAUUACAGGCAUGGCUAGUGCCUUCAGGACGGUGUAUCAAGUAGGUGGUGUGACCGCCUACUUCCGAGGGGUACAGGCCAGAGUAAUUUACCAGAUCCCCUCCACAGCCAUCGCAUGGUCUGUGUAUGAGUUCUUCAAAUACCUAAUCACCAAACGGCAAGAAGAGUGGAGGGCAGGCAAGUGAAGUGAAGUAGCACACGAUGCAGCCAGGGGUCCAGCACUGCUGCGUCCUGCCUGCUCCAGCCACGUUCUCGGUCUCCUGGCAUGCUCCAUCUGGCCUUGAGUGGAGGUGGAAGGAAGGUAGAGGGUUCUCCCCAGGCUAUUGGUGUUUUGGCUAACACCAGUUCCUGCCAGCCUCCGUUGCCGCCACCUUUCCUUCCAGGCCCUAAGCAAGUGCAGCAAAGCACACCACAGUACCUUUGCUAAUAACCUUUCUCCAUCCUGGGCCUGAUGACCUACUCUAGACUGUUACAGAGGGACAAGCAGCUCAUUCCCCUGGUUCCUAAUAAAAAGCCUUUAAAUUA